AUGUCGUAUUUCCUAGGUAGCACCGGACAAUAUGCUCACGUCGAGGUCAACCCGGAGAAAAUCAAGCUCGCCGAGGUCCAGUUCACCGUGAUGGCAUCCACGUUCAACUCCGUGUUGUCCAGAUGCCGAGAAAAGUGUAUUGUUCCCGAGUACGGCGAAGGAGACCUUGCUACGGGCGAACAGUCAUGUGUAGACAGAUGUGUGGCCAAAUACGUCAAGGCCAACGCCAACAUAGCGCAGCAUGUUCAGUUUAUGAUGCUGCCGGAUCAGAUGCCGGAGUAUAAGAAAGUGGAGGCCAUGAUGAGAGACUGUAAAUAG